CGUCGUACAACUGUGAUGCUCGCUCGCUACCUGGCGCUGCGCCAAGACCUCGACCGCCACCACACGCGUCGGCGCGGUGGCGCGUCUGCCGCCGCCGCCGACGCGAGCGCACCAGCUCCCGGCACGGCACCGCCGCCGCCACCGGCCGCCAACGCCAAGGCUGCGCGCCAGCUGAACCGCCUGCUGAGCCAGCUCGCCAAGCGGAAGCAGCUGAGCACCUGCCGCUCCACAUUCGCCGCGGGUGCCGCCGCCGGCACGGUGGACGCGUGGUCGCACGCGAUCCUGAUCAACGCGUACGCAAACUGCGGCGACGGUGCGAGCGCGCUCAAGGCGCUGGGCGAGAUGCGAGCGUGCGGCCACCGCCCGUGCGUCUUUUCGUACACGGCUGCGCUCAAGGCGCCGUGCGGCGAGGGAAACCUCGAGGCGGCGAGUGCGUUGCUCGGCGAGAUGGAGGCCGACUUUGCGGCCGCCGCGGCGGAGGAGGCCCCGGCUGGCGCGGGUCGGACGGACGGCGGCGCGGUGGGCCGCGCGAGUGGCGGAGGUGGCUCCGCCGUCGCUGGCGGCGACUUCAUGCCGAGCGUGCGGACGGCAAACACGUACUUCCGCGGCUGCCUGGUGCGGGGAGGGGCGGCCGAGGCGCGCGCGCUCCUCGGCCGCUUGGGCAGGGACGGGGUGUGGCGCGCCGUCUCGCCAGACGCGUCCAGCCACGAGUACGCGCUUAGUGAGCUCGAGGCGCUCGAGGCCUUCGCGGCGGCGGGCGUGAGGAGUGGCGGAGAGGGGGCGGAGGCGAUGCGGCUCCUGCUGCGCCGGCUCGUCCCGCUGCCGCGUGGGGAUGUGCCGGCGGCCGCAGCGGCGAAGAGCGCAGAGGCGCGGUUGCUGCGCGGAUUCGGACUCGCGCGCUGGUGCGGUAAGCUCGAGCGAGCGGGGGAGGGGGAGGGGGACGCGGAGCGGCGCGCGGUGCGGAGGCACAUGCGGCGCACUUUCCGCCAGCCCGCCGGCUUCCCGGUUGGCGGCACGGCGCUCGCUUGCCCGCCGGCUGGCGGAGUCGGGGCGGAGAGCGGCCUCGACGCGAGCGGGGUGCCCGGUGUGCGCUGGCUCGGCCUCGAGCUGAUGGCGAGGCGUCUGCAGCAGCGCGCAUACGCCGCCGCCGCCCGCGUCGCCCUCAGCGGGACGCCGAACGCCGCCGUGCUGAUCGGCUCCGCCGCCGACGCGCUCGGGAGGUGGCUCCCGCGCGGCUCGCUCGACGCCAUCUACGUGAACCAUCCCGAGCCGCCCCAGCAAGCCGCCGCACCGGGGGCGGCGGACGCGGCAGACGCGGGGGCGGAGGCUGCCCCGGAGGCGGCCCACAUGCUCGACGCGCCCACUCUCGCCGCUGCGGCGGCGGCGCUGCGUCCGGGGGGCACGCUGACCGUGGUGACGGACAACGCUUGGUACGCCGAGCUCCUGCUCGGCCUCCUCUCCUCGCACGGCGGGUUUGGCCCGCCGCCAGACAGCCACCCUCCGCGCGACGCGACGCUCGCGGAGGGCGCUUCCUCUUACUUUGACCGGAUGUGGCGGACGGGCCUCUCGCUCCACUCGUCCGCCGAGCAGCGCUAUGUCCUGCACGUGGCAGCGGCCCGCCCGGUGGCCCACCCGGAGGGGGGCCUCCCCCACGCGCGGCCCCUCGAGGGGAGAGCGGCCGGGGGGGGCGCCACGCUGGCGAAUGCGGCGGCACCGCCGGCGCGAAAGGGGAAGAAGCGCCGUCGUGCGGACACGGUUUGA